AUGACUAAAAACGUUGGUAUUAUCAUCUACUCCUUAUAUGGACAUAUUGUCAAAUUAGCAGAAGCUGCAAAAGCAGGUGUUGAACUAACUGGUGCCAAAGCAACUAUUUAUCAAGUUGAAGAAACGUUAUCACCUGAAAUUCUAGCUAAAAUGCAUGCUCCACCAAAACCAGAUUAUCCAAUUGCAACUCCUGAAACUUUAACAGAAUAUGAUGCGUUUUUGUUUGGUAUUCCAACUAGAUAUGGUAACUUCCCAGCUCAAUGGAAAACAUAUUGGGAUAAAACCGGUGGCUUGUGGGCAAGUGGUGCCCUUCAUGGUAAAGUCGCUGGUGUUUUCGUCUCCACUGGUACUCCAGGUGGUGGUCAAGAAGUUACAGUGUUGAAUUCAUUGUCUACAUUGGCCCAUCAUGGUAUCAUUUAUGUUCCAUUGGGUUAUAAGAACACUUUCCCAUUAAAUACUUCAUUCGAAGUUGUUCAUGGUGGUUCAGCUUGGGGUGCUGGUACAUUUGCAGGAGCUGAUGGUUCAAGAAGUCCAAAUGAAGUUGAAUUGGAAAUGGCCAAAAUCCAAGGUAAAACAUUUGCUGAAACUGUUACAAAGUUUUAA